AUGAAGCUCCCUCCAGCAGCCAUCGCGAGCUCGUGGCCAACCCCAAAUUAUGUCGAUCCUCCGACACGCGGGCAUGGCGUCCUUAUCGUGAACAUUAUCUGUCUCAUCUUAGCCUUCCUGGUCGUCUCGCUCCGUCUAUACACCAGGCUCCGCAUCACAUGCAGCGCCGGUGUUGACGAUGUACUGAUUAUCAUCGGCCUGGUUUUCGCCAUCGCAAUGGCCACUGUUACUUCGAUCGCCACGGAAAACUUUGGCAUGAAUCGCCAUAUCUGGGAUAUUGAAUUGUCGCACCUCGUCACUAUCCAGAAACUGAACCUUUGCUUCCAAAUAUUGUUCUCGCUGUCGUCUAGCUUCACCAAGAUCUCUCUGUUGUGGUUCUGUCGACGACUCCUCGGGAAGGGCAACUUCGUGUUGUAUAACUGGACGUUUAUUCUGGCCAUUGUUUUUGUUGGGGCUUCAAGUGUGUUGUUCGCUUUAAUCAGCAUCUUUCAGUGCUCACCUAUCCGCGCAUACUGGCAAAUUAGCCCUACCGAGCCAUAUCACUGCAUGAAUGCCGGUGCGAUUGUCUUUUCCGCCAGUGUGAUCAACAUCUUCACCGAUUUCUUGGUCACAACUCUACCAAUGCCAUUGAUCUGGAGUCUGAAACUCCCCACUCGUCAACGACUCGCCGUUAUCUCCAUCUUCGCCCUUGGUGUCAUAGUUAACGUAGCCGGCUCCGUCCGAACCGUAUAUGUGUGGAAGAGUUUGGUGACCGGUUAUGAUGCGACCUGGCUUGGAUGGCCAGUGCCGAUCGCUGCCGCAGUGGAAAUCAGCUUAGGAUUGAUCUGCUCUUCGGCCCCGGCCCUCCGUCCCCUCAUCGCAGCCUUCCUACCCCAUCUCCUCAGCUCAACGCGCAACAUUAGCUCCUCCUACAACCAACGGAGUCGCUCCAACAAGCACUGGUAUUCAACCGGUCGCUCUCGAGCAUCCCGUCUUGCUGCUGAUGGCUCGCACCAGCUUGCCUCUAGCAGCGAUCGAUUUGAGAUUAUGCGCACCGUCGAGAUGGAGAGCUGGACUGAGUCACGACUUACGAGCCAUGAUAAGAUGGGCCAUGAUUAUGAUAUUACCUCCGAUAACCACAGCCACGCGCCGACCCCUACAGAUAGCAUUGAGAUAAAGAGGAGCAUGGUUUAUGUCUCUCCUAUAAGUGCUGGCUCUUCUGUGUCUGGGCCGGGCGAUACGCAUUCUCCUUUCGGUGAUCGGCAGUCGCGUUGA